CGUAUUCUCUCAUUCCUCUGAAUUCGUUACGAUCGUCGCGAAGCUUUGUUUUAUAUUUUAUUGUCAUUAGGAAUGUACUAGUAUGUAGUGUUGUUUUUUUUACAGUAGGUACUUUGGCGCACAAACAAUCAAUGAUAUUUGCAAUGAAAACAUAGUUAGGUUUGUGUCACCUGUUAACUCAUUUCAUAACAGAUAUAGCAAUUUUCCAAUUUUAACGGAACCCUUGCAAUUUUAUUGUCUAAUAUUUGUAACUCCUGUUAGCAAGAGAACUUUUACAAAAUGUAUAAUAAAUACAGAAAGAAAACAUUUGCCUUAUGUAACAAUUAAUAUUAAAUUCAACAAGCUCUAGGCUUCAUGACUGGGGUUCACCAUGUAGGAGUGAAUGCAAGAGGAAGCCUGCGCAUGAGGAGGAGCACAUAGGAGAACAUUUGAUGUGACAGUGAAAUUCAAAGUACCUAGAUGGACAUUUUGCUGAGUGGGCUCCCUAUGGUAGAUCUUGUGGCCCCUAAGAAUUGCUGGACGAUUGCUGUCGAUCAGUCUACUAGUUUGUGAUGCGAAGGUUAUUUUAAUUAUCCUUAAUUCCACUAACAGUAGAAGAUGAAUGAGUUAAUCAUAGGACCUCAGUGAGGUAUACUGACCUAUGCUUCCUUGUCACAUGAUAGAGUAUGUCCAUUCUACUUCGCUUAUUGUUGCACAGUAUUAGGUUGUUGCGAUGUAUGCUAUUUCUAGUUACUGAAUGGGAGUUGGUCUUUUGGGUCAUUUUUCUAAUGCUGCUUUUGGUUUCGUAAUACUGCCAAAAUAGUGAGGAAACAAAGGCAUUGAUGUAUAAUCUUUUUGACGGUUAAUCAUAGGAAAGCGAGUUUUUUAGGUGAUGGUAUCGUAUGUAUUUUUAAGCAACGUUGCAUUUUUCUAAUGUUGCAAUAUAGCCUAGUAUGUCAAAGUAGAAAUGAGCUAAACGUUAUGGCUCAUAUCUCUAAGCUGUAUUCAGAAUUUUAAAGUAAUUCUACUAUGGAUAUGAAUAGUUCCCAGACAUAUGUCAUUCUUCCUUUUUGGAGACGCCUUAUCUGUUUCUCAGCUGGUGAACAAAAAAAUGGAACAGUGUUUUGACCACUCGAACAGUCAUAUUAACUCCUUGAUAUAAUCCUAUGGUUCGUCUAUGCAUGCUAGCAAAUCAAAACGUUUUCCGCUCUCUUUGUACUCUUCCAGUGCUUAGAAUAUACAUGAUCCAGAGAUUCCCGCCAAUACAUUCAUGACUUGUAUCACAGCCACUUAAAGAAAUCUGACAGACCAGUUAAUGUAAGCUGGAAUCCAGUGAGGAAACUUUUCCAUUUUGCCGUUUGCUUAACGACAAAAGUUACCUUUCUGCCAUAACGCGAUGACAGUUUCAUUGUUGCAUAAAAGAGGAAUAAAAAAUCUGUUGAUAUCUCUUGAAAAAUCCUUCAGCAAUUCAUGCUGUUACCAUUUUGCGGUAAAAAUAUAUCCUGAAAAGAGACCAGAGCGCUUAACCGGGGAUGAGCGGCGCCGUUAUUAAAAACAGAUCACGUACAACAGCUGGGAGUGUAUUGUUUUCAUUGAAUUAUAAUUUAUUACAAAUGACUGCAACAAAUACAGUAAUUAAUUGUCAUGGGGUUGUCGUAUACGGUCAUUUAUUCAAGUGAAAUAGGGAAUCAGAUGACGUGUUUUGAGGUGGCAAAAAAGCAGUAAUUUUUUCCAUAUGACUAUGAUUCCUUUCACCACUGAAAAAAACCUCUCCGUCUCCGCAGACUUUCGGUUUAAAUCUGUUAAGAUCCACAAAACCCCUCCGAUCGGUUCCUGGUGGUAACCGGGGUCUCGCUGCCUCCAGCUGUCAGUAACAGGCAGGCUUUAAUAUCUCGGAGCGUUCAGCUUAGCGCCAGAUACCGCAAUGAAGACAGCGCUGCUUAUUAUAAUCAUCUGCAUAUGUUGGAGCAGAUGCUGGGGUAAGAAGGUGCGCUGGUGCACGGUGUCAGCGAUGGAACAGAGGAAGUGUGCCGAGCUGGCAAAGGCCCUGGCAGGGGUGCUGCCCCCUGCUGCCUUGGCAGCCUUUGGCAGGCUGUCCUGCGUUCGCACCUACAGCACCGACGACUGCAUUAACAAGCUGCAGGCUAACCGUGCAGAUGCCGUUACCCUGGACGCGGGGGAGGUUUACACUGCCGUGAAGCAGUUUGGCCUCACUGCAGUCGCCAAGGAGAUCUACAGUGAUGGGAGCUGUGUCAUGGCCGUGGCCGUGGUCAGGAAUGGAGAUCUCGAUGUGCGCUCACUGAGGGGCCGACGGAGCUGCCACAGUGGGGCCCGAUGGACUGCUGGCUGGAGCCUGCCCUUGGGCUUCCUGUUGUCACGUAACUACCUGCCCUGGGCGGAGGAGCAGCCCCUCAGUCAAGCCGUCAGUGAGUUCUUCAAUGCCAGCUGCAUCCCGGGCUCCGCAACCAUGGCGACCAGCCUUUGCACCCUGUGCCAGGGGGAGAAGUCCUAUGUGCGCCAUCACAACUUCCACUGUGAGACCUCCCACAACGAGCCCUUCUACAGCAGCCAGGGGGCGCUCAGGUGCCUCCAAACUGGAAAAGGGGAUGUCGCUUUUGUGGACCAUGUAGCCCUCACCAGCAUCCAUGAGGAUGAGAGAGAAGAUUACAGACUGUUGUGCACUGAUGGAUCAAGGGCCCGCCUCGGUGAAUUUCAGCAUUGCAAUCUUGGUCGGGGGCCAGGCAGGGGCGUUGUGACACGCUUUAACUACCGCACAAUUGCCCGGAAGUUUCUAAAUGCAGUGCAGACGGCAUUUGGGCGACAGGGGCGGGCCAGGCAACGCUUCCAGAUUUUUGAGUCCGCCUCCUACGGCUCACGCAACCUGAUGUUCCAAGAUGCGACCAAGAAGCUGGCCAUCCUGACGGACGACAGUGACAUCAGCCAGGUGCUUGGACUGGACUACGUGGCCCUCUUAAAGGGGCUGGGCCAUGAAGGGAGCUCACUGCAGGACAGCGUGAUUCGCUGGUGCUGCAUCAGUGCUGCUGAGCUGCUGAAGUGUGAGCGGUGGGCCCUGAGCAUAAAGUCGGACCCGCUGGUGUGUGUCAAGGCAUCUUCCAUGAGCAAUUGCAUUGAGAAGAUCAAGAGAGAUGAAGUUGAUGCUGUUUCACUGGACGCCACCCAUUCCUUCAUCGCUGGGAAAUGCGGUCUGGUGCCAGUUGCCACAGAAUACUACGGGGAGCAGUGUGUGACAUCAGAGGACAAGAAAACAGGAACAGCACACUUCGAGAGCGACGUGCUGCCAGCUGUGUUCUCAGUGGCGCUGGCUCGGCGCUCCACCAGGGGCGUGUCGCUUAGCAACCUGAUGGGGCGACGCUCCUGCCAUGGUCACAUGUACAGCCCUGCUGGCUGGUUGCUGCCUGUCCAGCACAUCAUCGGCGAUCAAGAGAACAGCAGUGCCCCCUGUGACCCCAGUACAGUGUACAGCAAAGUCUUUUGGAAAGGAUGCCUACCUGGUUCCCAGGGGGCGCUCUGCAAAGUAUGUGUGGGGGGCAAGGAGGAGCCUGGGACCAAGCGGUGCACCGACAACCACAACGAACGUUACUAUGGCAACAUGGGCGCCUUGAGGUGUUUGGUCGGAGACCCUAGUGGGAAAAGCUAUGGUGAUGUAGCCUUUCUGGAGCAGCACAACCUGGAGGACAACAUUCAAAGCCUGAACUCGAGUGGCUGGGCGGAGGGGUGGCAGCCCUCCGACUUUGAGCUGCUGUGCACUGAUGGCCGGCGGGCCCCCCUUUCGGAGUGGGAGAGCUGUCACCUGGGGGCCAUUCCCCCCAACAUCAUAAUGACUCGCCCUGUGCUUACCAGCCGUGUGUAUGACUUCCUCAUGAAGUCACAGGAGACGCUGUCAGCCCAUCGCGACUUAGAGUUCCAGCUAUUCGAAUCGCAGUCAUACGGCGAGAGUGACCUCCUGUUUAAGGACGCCUCACGCUGCCUGGUCCACAGCACCCACCUGGACUAUCGUGCCAUUUUGGGGGAGGAGUUCUACCGGGCUGCAGAGGCUGUGUUCAACUGCACGCACUCAGACAUCUUGGAUUUCUGUCAGCAGGAUGUGUGCAGCAUUUUCUGAGGUGCCGCAACCCUUCUUCACGACAUCUGCUUCAUUAAGGCAGCACCUCAGCGCCCUCCUGCCUCCGUUCUAUUAUUAACCUUCUCCUCCACUGAUUUUCUUAGACAUGCUGAAAUUCAGAGGACAGGUUCCAUUCGCUUGUGCAGUUCAGGGGUGUCUCACGAAUUAUUCCCGUACUAAAAAGUGCUAAAAACCAAUGAAGGUACAUGUUGAUGACAUCAAGAUAGUUUUGGCCUUUCAGAAAAGGAAGUGAAUAACUUUGCAUGCCGUUGGAACCCAACUAUGCCUGAAAACGCCAAUAUUUAAGGAACUUAUUCAAAAAGUAUACGGUUCCAGUUAAAGUCAAGCUGCAUCUUCUUUGAAGUCGUAACACACCCUAAACAGCUGGAAUCCUGCAGAUGAGUGUGGCACUCACCAGACAUGCAUUCCUGGGCCAUAACCAUUCAGCCACAGUGGAAAUCUGCCAGGUGGAGAUAUUUGUCUUAGCAAAGGGUUAGGACAUUUUUACUGCUGCUGUACAGGGUCCAAAAACAAUCUGUCAAACUUCCCUGCUUAAGAAACCCGCUGUGUUAGCUGGGAAUAUUCCAGAUACCCUCUUUAUGAAAGUAGCUUUACUGAGUUUUUAGGAUACACUGUUCUAGAUGACACAGAUACUUGAGGUUUAUAUAAAUUAUAAGAAUUAAAAAAUAAAUUCUCAUUCCAUGGCUCAUGAAUGUCAUAUUAAUGGACAUAAGUUAUAUAUUGUAUUAAGAAAAAAAAAUCUAAUCAUGUGUACAACCUACAGUUAAUUCUUAACAUAACAUAUUCAUAUUAACAUCAAGUAUUUCAGUAUUUAAAUACUUCAGUAGCAUAAUUUUGGAAUUUAAAUAAUAAAAUAUUUUACUGGUGAAAAUGUUA